GUAUCUUUAAAUAACUGCAGCAACUGCGACAUUCAAGAAAUUGAUCGACUUCUAAUAAGUAAAAAGAGCAGAGUGAUAAUGAAGGGUGUGAAUGUCUUGAUCGGUGUAUUAUGGUUUUAUUUAAACAUCGUAAAUGGAAAUUCCCAAUACUGGGGUCCAGGUGCUAUUGCCAAUGAAGUGUGUCGAAGAUAUAAAGACGACUCCAUAAUUAAUCACAUUUCGCCUGACCCGCUUGAUACCCGCAUAACUGGAGAAAAAUUAGCAAAAAAAGGAGAAUUUCCUCAUAUGGUGCAACUUGGUUAUAUCAAAAGUAAUAAAACUAAGUAUCUUUGUAGUGGUUUCAUUAUUAGUAAAAAGUACAUUAUUACCGCAGCUAAUUGUGUUAAUGGAGAAAAUACAGAUCAGCCACAAUUUGUAAGAGCUGGAGUAACAGAUGAACACGAUGUGUCAAAUGAGCAGAUACGAUCAAUACACAAUAUUUUAGCGCUUUCGUAUAUAACGCUUAUUAGGGUCGAAGAAGAUUUUAAUUUUAAUAAGUUUGUAAGUCCAGUAUGUAUAUACACUAGAGAUAAGGACCCAGAUGGACCAGGUAUUUUCACAGGAUGGAGUCCAGCUGAUAUUGUAGACGAAAAACAAAGGCACAUGACUAAACUUACCUUAAACAUUGACAGUAAUGAAAGUUGCAAUAACACUUUGGCUCCUACAGAAAAAUAUGAAUUAUCAGAUAUCUUAGUAAAAAAUAAGAUAGUGUGUGCUGGAGGAAAGACAAUUAUUGAUGGAUGUCAGAUUGACUCUGGGGGUCUUCUGCAGGUAUACAGCGAAGAUGAUAACAUGUAUUAUGCAGUAGGAGUCUCUUCUUUCGGAUCAAGAGUUUGCGGCAAGAAAGAACUACCAAUUGCUUUUACCAAAUUUUAUUAUUAUUACAAAUGGAUUGAGGAUACUGUCUGGCCUCGAGUAGAUAUAAUAAGCCGUUUCUUAGGCGUGAGACAAGAAGACUACAUAGUAUAGUUUUACCAGCAGUUAAAUACAAUAAAUGUACACACAUUUGUUAUAUUUUUGAAUAGUAUUAACUAUGUAAAGGUUCGAAUAAAGCAUGAUAAUUGUA